AUGUCUGGAGAGUCCUCAAAACGCUCGGACCUCAUAGAUGUAACAUACCAAGAACUCCAUACCGUCCUUUCGGGCAGCUUCGAGGGCCACACGCUCGACCAGAUCUCGGAACUGCUCAAACCGCGCAUUAUUCAGCUCAGGAAUGUCGCAGCGCCAUUUGGAAAGCCCUCGGACGCGUCGAGGAAAAAGGUCGACUCGGGCCCGGUGACCCUGCGCGACGGGAUCGUCAUACGCGUCGAGCCGGAGGACAAGGAAUGCGUGUUGGCCAUCAGCUCGCGGCUGGGGAUUGACGAGGUCGACGCGCUCGUCCUUCUUCGCUCCUUUCUGUUCAACGAAGGUGCGCCAGACUCCAUCUCGAGGGAAGGCGCCAGUCUCGUGGACGAGCUCGUGGAGGCCAUCACACCGUUCUACUACAUCGAACGGCUCUACAUCCUGCGCACGCUCAUCCCACUCUUCCGCGCGAAUGAAAACGAAAGCGAUGCGAUUCACGCCAUUGCGACCGAGUUUCUGCCGAGUAUCAUCCCCGACGGGAACGCUUUCGCGGAGAUGCUCCUUGACGAGUACAUGAAGAAGGUCAAAGCCAACCUCCCCGACAACGUCGCUAAUGACCCGCGGCAAGCCGCCGCCUGGACACGUCAGAAUUCGAAGGAACAGCUGGUGCUGCUGGAGGUCCUCUACUGGACGAUGUGGAGUUACGCCUCGCGAAACGGUCCCCUUGUGGCGCGGAUAUACGAGUCAGCGUAUGGCACGAACCUAGGCACGGAACAACAGAACUCCACACUACUUCUCGACGAGGAGGGCGUUCAGCUGCAAAAGGAUUGCGCCGCACUCUGGAUCCUGAUCACUCUGGAGGUGCUCGAACUGGAGAGAGCCGCAGAACCUGGUGGCAUCCAGCUUGCCGCCGAAGCCGCGGACCCAGAGAUAUACUGGUCGUCCCCAGAGUCACUCAAGCGAAUACACGAGCUCGUCUUGUCACAGACGGAGAGUCACUACGCGUGCACAUUCAUGGCAUGGGCCUUCGUACUCUCGCGCUUAUCCAAGGCCGCGUCAGAGACCAAAGAGCUUCCGCCUUCGUACCAGCCUUUCUUCGACUCCCUUCUGCCACAACAAGGGAAGUCAUACUCGAAGGACAGAGAGCCUACACACAACUUGAUGGCCAAGACAUGCCUCGACCCUGACGCUGGGCUGUUCAAGCUCAUGCUCGUACUGCUCACAGCGUCGCCAAUUUUUGUGACUGCGACGGCGUUUCGUGACAACUCUGCCAUUGUUGACCCCAACACGGUGGCAUAUCGGUCCGUCUUCAAAGGUCUCGUAAUCGCGAUCACAGAGCUCGUCCCUGUCGAGCUUAUUCCCGAUUUCGAAUCGUUUGUCGAAGUCUGGAUCGCGCUCUUCGGGCGAAGCGAGAGCCUCUCUGUCAUGGGUAUCUGUCGUCAGUUCUGGCAGUCGGACUGGCAGCUAGGCAUUGCGCGGCGCGCCAUCCUCGACGUCGCACGAUCGCGCUUCCCCAUACAGUUCCGGCCGCUCGUCCGGCUGCUUCGCGCGAUGACGGGUGCGGGCUUCUUGGAUACCGAUGCGCUUUCGACGACGGACUAUGCCGCGGAGGGGCACCCGCUCGAGGAUGACCGCGAGAUCUGCACGCGCCAUGUGUUCUACUACCUCGACAAGCUCACGACAUACACCCAAGUCAUACCGGUGCAUUCGUGUACAGGCGCCCAUGCACUGUACGAGAGACUACCAGAGCGGUACGGCUCGUCUUCGGUUACGACGGGCGUCACCUACAUGAACCUGCGGCCUCUCAAACUUCCUGGCGGUUCUAUCCUUCCGCCCAAGUCGACGGGUCGCUUGCUCAGCGGAGAUGGUGGGGACCUGGUUGUGGUCUGUUGGCAGCACGAACACUCGGGGUGGAAGCUCCUGCUGGAGCUGCUGACGGACUACGUGAACCGGCGGCGAUUGCACUCGGGGACCGGCGGUGCCUACCAGGACAUAUCGUUCGCGCAGAAGGCAGGACACAAAUCGCUCGCAUUGCGGCUCGAGGACAUAGGCGUAGAGAUGGACCGCGAUGGUGACGAGAACAUCGUCAUGGACGUCUUGGACCUCAUUCGCAGUGUCAUCCAGGACAACCCGCUUCUCGCGGAGCAGUUGCUGGAGUCGUUGGAGAGCGGGAACCCGGUGGUCGCACACACUAUGGUCGAGGCACAGCCACCAGACUUGGUGCAGCUUACUACAAUGAUACUUGAGGAGGCACUCUCUCGAUCCUCAACUCAACCAAGGAGUACUGUACGCGCACCUCUCAUCACCUCAGCCAUAAGCGUGCUCGCCGCUCUUCUUGCCCUCCCUCGGUAUUCCAACCGCGUCUGGCUCUACGUCCGUUCGACAGCAUCUCUCUUUGGGUCCGAGAAGGCCAUCGGCGUAGCCUCUACGGUGCUUGCGGCUGAGAGGUUGUCCGGUCACUAUACCAUGACUCUCGCGCUCUUGCAUUUGGUCCAACGACUCUUCCACGAGGCAUCGGCAAACGCACUGUGGGUCCUCCAGCAUAGUCCCCGUUUGCAACAGGUGAAGGAAGAGGUUUUGCUUCGUGCCGCUCGGUUUGUUCAUGCGGAGAUCUGGGUCGAGCACAUGGGCUGGAAGUACGCUCAGCUGGGUGACCGCUUCGAGAUCGGUAGACGCGUGUCAAGCUUGUACUCGGACAUCCUCAAACAGUCGUCGCCGCUGCCCAACGACGGGCCGUUUGCAGCGCUGAGCCGAGCCGUGGCGGAUGCGUUCAUGGUGAAGGCGACCACCUCCACCAUCACGCCCCUCGUGUCUUCCUUGACGAAUGCAGGGUCAUUCUUGAAAACGCUCUAUGCCACGCGACGGAUCGGCGAUGCAAGACGGCUGGUCACACUCAUGGAGUCCCAUCUCGAAGUUACUCGCCUGCUCUUGAUCUCUAAGGAGCGCAUCAUGCCCUCAACAGAGCCGUCUUUACUCGAGCAGGCCCUCUGCGCCAAGGUUGGGGGAAGUGUCACCACCUUCGACGGGGGUCCAUCAAGAGUGGAUCCUGUUGAUGCCCUUGCCGGAUACGUGAAAGACCGGGGCAUGGGCGACCUUGUCCGUGUUCUAUCCGUCAGGGUCCUCUUCGCUCUGUGUUCGUCACUGUCAUCUUCACAAGGUCCUCCCCCGACCAUUAUUGGCCAUCUGUCGGAUCCGGAGAGCAUGGUUGCGUCUCUUGUUCGUAUCAUUCAACAUCCGUAUGACGACGUUCACCUGCGGAACGCGGUAUGGAACUUCAUCAUCCUAGCAGUGGACAAGGAACCUGCGCUUGCACGCCUCUUCGUUACUGGCCACUUCCGUGUGCCUACUCCAAAGGUCUCAGCCAAAGGCAAAGAAAAGGCCCAGGAUGAUGGAGCCCUCACGAAGUCGACGAGCGCAGUAACCGUAGCGUGUGACAUGCUGCAAGAGUGGAGAGAUCUCCUAGACCUGAACCCCCAGUUGCUCGCAUCUCUCCUCCGGUUCCUGGAUGUGGUAUGGCAACACGGGCAUGAGCACAAGUCGUACUUGGAAUCCAUACGUCGGGACACGGCCCUCUUCGAGCAAUUGGCUGCGAUCGUCAGCGAGGAACUUGGGCCCCCGCCUGACUACAAGACCCAAGAUUACGUAGACAUUGACGGUGCACGGCGUUCAGACCUGCAUGAAGCUGUGUCUAUCCAUGCGUAUCGGACCGCCGUCAAAGCUCAUGCGGCGCACGUCUUGGCGGAAGACAUACGGCUCGUGGCGGAAGCACAGCCUAACCAGUCGACCUCCGAGAAGCCGUCGAGUUAUACUGCCAUCGAAGCCCUCUUCAAGUCCGAGGAGCAAUUUACAGAGCUCGUCGCGGAAGCAGCUGCAAGUGCCUAUGAUCCGGAGCUUCACGAUGCACUCGCAGAGCAAGUCAAAUCCGACUUCCCUAGUCUGGAUUUGGAGUCCUUACGGAUCCAAGAACCUGUCGUCGAGCGGGAUUACGGAGAUGCGUUUGCGUUCAACACCGGGCUGUUGCAGUUGCGGUUACAAGUCUUCGUGCGUGGCGAUGCUGUGGAAGUUGUCGAGGCGCACAGAAAGCUCACGGCAAUCAACCUCAACCUGUCACUUGCUCAUGUCCAGACCACUCUGACCGAAUCAUGGCAGUAUCUGCUGUUGCGGGUUGUUCCCUACCUCCGAGGCAAUGAAGCUCUCCGCCGGAACUUCCUGAACCUUGCGGCGUCAGUCUCGGAGAGCAUUGCGGCGGAGAAACGUUCGGGAGACAUGAUGUCAACCAUCCACUCGGCCAGACUAUCUGUACUGUUGUCUCUGCUUGAAGUGGUGUGGUUCUCGACGUCUGACAAGGCAGAAGAGAUCAAACACUUCGUGACUUUGGUUCGGAAUACACGGGCCAUCAUCUUGAAUCAUUCGCAACCUCCCAUGAAGUCCCUAAUGGGCCAAAGCCCGGUUCCAUUCCAUAGGCCUCUUCUGCAGAUUGUUUACUUCUGUGCGCGCCAUAGCAGGAGCCUCGCAAGACGAUCAAAGACUCUAAACGCAGAACAACGGCUCUCCAUCUCUGCUAUGCUCGACGCAGCACUCGUUCUUGUCAUCGACAGCUUACGCAUCAAGUUUGAUGCAGCGUGCGCUGCCUUGGAUCUUGACCUCGACCAGGACCUGGAACUAUUCGUGGCGGUCUUCGAACAGUGCACCCGGACAGAUGUCAACGUCUCGCAUACGUUCUGGCUGACGCGUUGCCAGGAGACUGACGUCGUGCGCGCGAGCUUGCGUCUCUUCAGCCGCAUCGACCUGGUCGGCAUCUCGGACUUGUCGCUCCUCAGGGCGCGCAAGCAGCCUCUAUAUGCGCCUCAUAUCCUGACCUUCCAUAUGGCCUUGGCAAGUAUCCCGCUAGCGGCCGAGAAAUUGGCCAGCGAGGGCAUCCUAGCUGCAUACACCGAAAACCCACUCAGCCAGGCGAUUCGGAUCGGGAUGAUCGACGUCGCUAUACCAGAACUUCCUAAUGAGCGAAGCCCAGCGCAUCGAACAUACUGCACGAUGUUGGCGAUCAUCGCAGGAGUCAUCAUGUCCCUGGGUCGACACGGUCACUUCUUCGACGCGGAAGCGAGCGGGCUCGUCCAGCUGUGGGGCGAUCAGAUCCACCGCGCACUGUCAUGGACAAUCGGGGACGCACUGACUCUGCCAUUGCUGGAGGAGAUGGAACAGGUCGUCAACCUCUUCGCCGCGAUCGCGCAGAACUCGUCUGCAGACAAGGCGAGCGAUGCCGUACAGAAGGUGCUCCGGUUCUUCACGAACGACGCACUUCUCUUGGUGCAGCAGCUCAAUUACGCGUUGACACAUCCGAACCAUCUCGCCAGCCUGUUCGAGCCGAUCACCGCGGACGAGCGCAACAAGUUCGAGGCGGAGAGCAAGUCGUCGGUGAGCUCGUCGGCGGACGCGGUAGACCCCAUGCGAAGACCGUUCCUUACACGCCUGAUGCACCGGCUGUUCCGCUUAUCGGGUUCAUUGCUGUCGACACUAUGCAGCAUCAGUGGCACAGAGGUCGUGCUCCUUGGGGAGCAAGAGGAUUGGCCAACCCAGGAGGCUCUCAUCGUACCCCACUCAAAGGUGGUACUGGGAGAGCCAACGUCGAUGGGCACCCUCCUCGAGCUAGGGAACUGCUCCGUCGACGUACUCCGACAGCUCGUCAACCGCCCCGCCACCCAGGUGGUCGCGCCCGGGUCUACGUCCGUCCCCGCGCUCGACGUGCGCGAGAGUGUGCGGCCCGCGCGGCGCAACCUCGAGGCCGUCCUCCUCUACGCCGUCACACAGCUCGCGAUGUGGGUCGCCAAGCCCGAGUUCGACGUGAGCUCGGGCGACAUGGACGAGGACAUGCGCGCGGAGACGCCGCCGGGGCCCGCAGACUCGCAUGCGCUGAAAGCGCGGCGGCGCUCGUCCAUGCCACUUGCGGAGCGCCUGCGCAGGGGGAUGACGGGCGAGAUGGCGAGCGACCUGUUGGGGCUGCUGAACAAGGCGAAGCCACUUGUGGCCAAGAGUGGGGAGGUGCUCGGGGAGGGGAACGUGGACUUGACGCCGGUACUGGCGCGGUUUGUGCAGGAGCGGAUUUCUUUAUGA